GCCGCUGUUGUGGCAGUCACUGUGCCUGCUCCAGUGUCCAGCCGCGUUACGAGUCCUUUAGGAGAGCGGAGUCAGGAUCGGGGUGACCAGAGCGAGGAGGCUUUAGGGGAGAGGUUGUCCCCACUGCACAGCGGCGAGUCUGCAGGGCCGCGGCGGUAGAUGACGAUUGUACACGAGUUCCGUCUUUGUCGCCCACCACCUAAGAGCCCGCUCCUCCAAGACUCCGAUGGCGGCGGCUGCGCCUAGGGACCCGCCUCAGACUCCCAUGACUACAGAAGUGCUUAUGGACUGUACAAAGGGCUGUGUGACCUUUGAGGAUGUGGCCAUUUACUUCUCGCAGGAGGAGUGGGGGCUCCUUGAUGAGGCUCAGAGACGCCUGUACCACAAGGUGAUGCUGGAGAACUUUGCACUUACAGCCUCAAUGGUUUGUUUGCAUGGAACAGAGAAUAAAGAGACACCUUCUGAGCAAAAUGUUUCCCUAGAAGCUUUGUCACAGGUCAGGACUCCAAAGGUAGGUCCAAUCAGCCAGAAGGCUCACCCCUGUGAGAAAUGUGUCCCAAUCCUGAAAGACAUUUUGCACCUGGCUUACCUACCUGGGCAGAAACCAUACUUGAUUGGGGCAUGUGCAAACCUACGACAGCUUCAGAAGCAUUUCAGUGCAAAGAAAAGUGACAUGGAUAGGGCAUCAUUUGUAAAGAGUUGCAUAUUCCAUGUGUCAGGGCAUCCCUUCACCUGUAGGAAGGUUGGAAAGGACUUCCCAGCCACUUUGGGUCUUCUCCAGCACCAGAUCACUCCCACUGGUGAGAAACCCAACAAAAUCACCAAGUGUGGGGAGGCCUUUCAUGGUAGGAAAAGUCAUUACAAGUUGCGUGAAUGUGGGAAAGCUUCCAGCUACAAACAGAGUCUUGUUUACCACCCAAGAGUCUCUACUAGGAAAAGGGUUUAUGAGUCUAGCAAAUAUAGGAAAGCCUUGCGCUGUAAGUACUCACUUGUUCAGCUCCAGAGAGUCCACACAGGAGAAAGACCUUAUGAGUGCAGUGAAUGUGGAAAAUCUUUUAGGCAAAGAGCCACCCUCAUUAUACACCAGAGAGUUCACACUGGAGAAAGGCCUUAUAAAUGUGGCGAGUGUGGAAAAUCCUUUAGUCAGUGCUCCAAUCUUAUUGAACACUGCAGAAUUCACAGUGGAGAAAGGCCUUAUGAGUGUGAGGAAUGCGGAAAAGCCUUUGGGUGCAAAUCCAAUCUUGUUCGGCACCAGAGAACCCACACUGGAGAAAAGCCUUAUGAGUGCAGCGAAUGUGGGAAAUUCUUUAGACAAAGCUUCACCCUUGUUCAACACCGGAGAAUUCAUACCACAGCAAGGCCUUUUGUGUGUGUCCAGUGUGGGAAAUCCUUUAGCCAAAGAGCCACUCUCAUUAGACACCAGAGAGUUCACACUAGUGAAAGGUCUUAUGAGUGUGGGGCAUGUGGGAAAGCCUUUGGAUCCAAAUCCAAACUGGAUCGGCACAGCAGAAGUCACACUGGAGAAAGGCCUUAUGAGUGUGCUGAAUGUGGGAAAUCUUUCAGACAAAGCUACAGCCUCGUUGAACACCAGCGAAUUCAUAGUAGAACAAGGCCCUUUGAAUGUGGCCAGUGUGGGAAGUCCUUUAGCAGAAGAGCCAUCUUCACUAAACACCAGAGAAUUCACACUGGAGAAAGGCCUUAUAAAUGUGGCGAGUGUGGGAAAUCCUUUAGUAGAAGCACCGGCCUUAUUCAGCACUGCAGUAUUCACACUGGGGCAAGGCCUUAUGAGUGUGGGCAGUGUGGGAAAUCCUUCAGGCAAAAGUCUGUCCUUAUUCAACACCAGGUAGUUCACACUGGAGAAAGGCCUUAUGAAUGUGGCGAAUGUGGGAAAUCCUUUAGCCAGCGCUCCAGCCUCAAUCUCCACCGAAAAUUUCACACCAGAGAGAGGCCCCAUGAACGCAGGAAGUAUGGGAAAUCCUUUACUCCAAACAGCUAACAUUGUUUAGUACCAGGAAGUCCACACUUUGAGAAAGGCCUUAGACCUCAAGGAAUUGCUGUCUCCUCAUUCAUUAUAAUAGCACUAGACAGCUUCUGUGAGGGAGCCGUCUGCCUGAAAUUGAACCUCAUACUUGCAAACAUCCAGAGGGGCGAAAUUCCCAAUGAGUUCCAGGGACCUGUGAAGCUUACAGGAGUUACAUUCCAUGUUCUAAACUCCCCAGGGCCCUUGUCAGAGUUACAUCUCUGCCAUUUUCUCUGGUAGAACCCAUCUCACCUCUCCUGCCUUGCACAGUAUUUCAUCGGUCACCCUGAUGUGCUAACACAAGGCAGAUGUCUGUGCUCUCUCCUAUUCCCUGGAGGAAAUCUUGAGUAGUCUGUGCCCUUAUAUUUUCCUAUUUCCAAUUGAUUAAGUAUGAAUCUGACCCUUCAUCAAAAUUGUUGGUUUCACAUGAUAUUUGUGGUUGAUUUUCCUGCCUCAAAGUCACCAACUGGUAAUUGCCUCCCCUCCCCACCCCCAUUGCUCUGGUUUGUGCAGCAAUAAAGGUCUUAUUGUUUAAUCUACCUUUAAUCUCGGGGGUUGUAUUCACUGUGGGGGGUGGGUGGAAAACAGAAUUGGCCUGUUUGUACGAAGGGAUGGGCCCUCAGCCUCUUGUGCCUCAGCAGGGACAGUAUAAUGGCAGAAUAGUUUUCAUUCCAGUUUUGACCUAAUUUGCAUUGCUCCCCAAGACCUCCUAGGAACUAAAAUAAUGCUUUGUGGUCCUAAUUUGGGACCUGGAAGCCUACAUAUUGUAUGACCACAGGUUACCCUGAGGAGGGGUCACUUAUUUUGGCAAGCUCCAGGGCCUUUGGGACCGCCAUGACUUUGUCUCAUAUUCCCAGAGGGUGUCCUAUAAUGCCCAGCACUGUUGAGGGGAAGCUUUUCACCAGGUUCUACAAAGGAACCAAGUGUCCUGAUGUUCAUAAUUCUGUGGACUGGUGUCCCUCCUCAGACUACAGGAGCCGGGUUUCAACCAUACUUGGUAGUGAAAUCCUGGGUGGGAUUAAUAGUCAGUGGAAGAGCAUGCAGCAAAUUAAAUGGAGUGUGCCUCUUCUAAUGUGCAUCCAUAAAUCUUCCAGUGACUAUGGCUGUGAGGAAUCACAGACCCUCCAAAGGCUGUGUACCUCCUAUAGCUGAAUUCAUUGUCAGCAAAUAAUCUAAAGGUUUUGUGAAUUCUCGUUGUCUUUCUGGGCUGGCCAACUCAAGUCCGUUGCUGUAGUCAGGGAAAUGAGAACAGAGAAUGGAGAUCCUGUUGUCCAGGGAUGUGUCUUUUGUGGUCCAGCCAGUGGUCCUGUUGUCCCAGACUGCAACGGCCUCCAUUGCUUGCCCAUAUUUCCAGCACUGAUUCAGGGCUGCCCUUCCCCAGGAAUGGGAAAAAAUAGAGUGGAGUCAAUAUUGAGUUGUUAAACCUUCUGGUUUCCAGAAAGAGUGGGAGGUCCAGAUUUUUUUUAUUUUGAACCAUUUUUUUAAGAAACUUUAUUGAGGCAUAAUUGACAUGCAAUAACCUAUACAUAUUUAAGGUGUAUAGUUUGAAAAAUUUUGCCAUAUAUAUAAACCAAUAAAACCAUCAGAAUCACGAUAAUGAACAUAACCAUGAUUUACCUCAUGCCCCUUUACAAUCUCUCGUUGCCCUUCCCAAGCCUACAGGAGUCCAGUGAUUUACUGCCUUCAACAAUAAAUUAGUUUGCAUUGUCUAGAAUUUUACUUGAAUUGAAGUAUAUAAGUGUUUGCUCUUUUUUUUUUUUUUGAUAUUUUUCGUA